AUGGAGCCGCUUACAACCCCUAACCCGGACAAAUUCUCAAAGAAAUUGGGGCUGAUCUACAAGGGGUCAAUUAUCAACGGGAAGAUUUGGAUUUUUGUAGAGGAAGGAGCUAACUUCGAAGUUGGGGAUGACUCGGAACAGUUGCUCCAUGGGCGGCUCACUUGCCCGCGGCUACCAACACCUAUUGAGAUCUCGGCUGUAUAUGCUAAGUUUACGAGAGGGGAGCGGCUUGCACUGUGGGACAAGAUUAGAGACAUCACCCAAAUGUUGGAAGGGAGGCCUUGGUUCAUUAGAGAGGACUUCCACACCAUCCUCUCCACUCGCGAUAGGACGGGAAGUGACACCAAUCGGAAAGUGGAGAUGGUUAACUUCGCCGAGGCAAUAGAGGAUUGCCGAUUCUUGGAUCCGGGCUUUGAUGGCUCGGACUACACCUGGGCAAAGAAUGGCCUCAUGGAAAGAUUGGAUAGAGUGCUAAAUGCCGAACAACCUGGGGGUGGAAGAGCGUUCCGGUUCCAAAACAUGUGGGUGCGGCAUGAGGGGUUUGCUGAUAUGGUGCGAGGAGAUUGGAUGGCUCCCACGGAGGCUACAGGCCUACUCAACUUAAAGAUCAAAUUAGCAAGGAUUAAACAGACAUUCAAAUGGUGGAACAGAGAGGUUUUCGGGAAUAUCCACGCCAACCUCAAAGCCUGUGAAAAGAAUAUUGUCGUGGCUCAAUCUGAGUUCGAGGGAGACCCCUCGGCCCGGAACAGAAUGGAGAUAAACAAACAAAUAGCUGAGUACGUCCUUCUUCUCAAGAUGGAAGAAGACUUCUGGCGCCAGAAAGCGGCUCUCCGUUGGCUGGAAGAGGGUGAUAAAAACACUAGGUUCUACCAAAGUUGGGUGAAGCAAAAGAGAAUUCGGUUGCGAAUCCACAAGAUUAAUGCUAAUGGGAAGGAGCUCACGGAUGACCUUGAAAUCAGAGACUCGGCGGUCGAGUUCUAUCAAAACCUCCUUGUGCCAACUUACCCGGAGUAG